AUGCAUUCGGUAGCAUAUAUUAGCACCAUUGCUGCUAUGAUUGCAGCCAUUAAGGCUGAGUCUGGAUCAGGUGAACCUGGUUAUUGUGAGGAUGAUAAGUCCUGUGAGGACAAUUACGUAUGCAUUAGUGUACAGACCACACGGUCGGGUAUUGAAGACGUCAAGCAGUGUCUGCCCUAUGCGGCAGAAGGUGAUGUAUGUUCUGGUACAUUCUCGGGUCUGUGUCCGUCAUUUUCGACGUGGAACACGGCCUUCCAGUCCAUCAGUAGUGUAUGUGCUUAUCAGUUGCCGUCGGGCACGGAUCAAUGCCUUAACAACACCUUUUCGGGCUCGGAUACGGAUGGCUUCGUGUCAUGCGUGAACAUUAGAGAGGGCUCUGGGUCUUCUGCUGAGAAUGUUGGUGUGAUUUACGGUUGCGUGGAUUUUGAUGGCACUAAUUUGUUGUUUGAUGAAGACUCGGACAAUUGGGAAUUGUCAUCUCAGAUGAAUUACACGGCCGUGAUUAAUGCAGGAUGUGUGAAUCCUAAGAAUGGAGAGAACUCCGAUGUUGUAUGCUCUGGUCGUGGAACGUGUGCCCCUGGUUCAUCGGGUGGUAUGGAUUACGAAUGCCAAUGUAACAUUGGUUACAAUGGUACUUACUGCCAGAAGAUUGUGUCGAACAAGUGUACACUCGAGUCACAAUGCCAAGCCGGUACGUGCAACCUUGCUACCCAAGAGUGUGAGUGUGAAGAAGGUACCACUGGCGACCAAUGCGCUUACUGUGACCCUGAGUCACCAAAGGCUUGCAACGGCCAAGGCACGUGUGUUCCUGCGGUCACCUCUACCGACGCCAGUUUGGCCGGCAACAACAUAACUACGGCUGGUGAUUUAGACUCAGCUGGUGAUGUAGACUCGGCUGGCGGCUUGAACUCGGGUAACGCUGUCAACGUGGUUGAUAACACGGGCUCGGCUGAAGCCACGGACUCUGUUUCGGCUGUCACGAACAUGGAUAGUGACCAGUCAACUCGUUUUUUGAUGGAAAUGGUCGGUAUGGCUUCGUCAAGUGACAGUGGUAGUGGCAACGUUUGUAAGUGCAACAGCGGUUACACUGGCGACCAGUGCACACGUAAGGUGGAGUCGAGCUCCAGCGGUGAUGACUCGAAAAAGCGCGGCAACUCACCAUCGAGUGACGCCAUUUCAGUGGCUACUUCAGUCGCUCUCGUGGUUUCAGUCGUUAUGGUCGCUUUCUUGAAUUAG